CACCUUACGAAGCACAGCGGGACCGUCGGACGACAUCGCGCGCAUCGUCCUUAACGCCGGGUGCCGUUGAGAGUCACGUCCCCGGCCGCUGCACAUCGGCUGCGUUUCAGGCCUGGACAAGCCCUCUACACUCUGCUAUCAAAACUCCACAGCUGCCCGCGCAGGCCCCCCAAUUGACAGAUACGCCGCACCCAUUCCGCGCCUGCAUUCGCGAUAGAUGUCCGCCAUGGAUCAGACCAACGGCUUCUACGGCGGGCCGCCGCUCAUGAACCCCCCGCCGCGCAUCUUUGGGAGCAUGACUGCAAAUGGCUCGCCCAUCCCCGCAGGAUUGGCUGCAAGCAUGUUCUCCGCCGACGACUUGGACGACGGCCACGACCAGGGCGACCCCAAGAGGCGCAGGAUCGCACGGGCAUGCGACAUGUGCCGCAAGAAGAAAAUCAAAUGCGACGGCAAGAUGCCCGCCUGCACCCACUGCUUGAACUAUAAGACCGAGUGCAUCUUCACGCAGGUGGAGAAGAAGCGCCAGCCGCCGAAAGGCGCCAAAUACAUCGAGGGCCUCGAGAACCGACUUGCUCGCAUGGAGUCGCUAAUGCGCCUGUCGGGCGUGCUCCCCGACGACGAUGAUGGUAGCACCGAUCUGGCUACCUUGGAGAAACGGCUAGCAGACCGAGCUAGACAGGGCGGGACACCAAAGGUACCAAGUCCGCACGAAAGAAGAGCAUCUUCGGUGCACGCAUCAGCGGAGCAGCCGGAUGGAACACCUGCCACACAGCCGGGUCUUCCGAGCCCACGAAGUGGCACAGCGUCGCCAGAGCCCGAGCCGGAGCAGCAGAACGGAAGCAAGACCGAGAAGGACGAAGAUGCGCUCGCAGAGAUGAUGUGCUCGCUCGUCACGAACAAUUGCGGUGAGACGCGCUACAUUGGAUCAUCCUCCGGCUUUUCCAUCUUUUCACCAAAGGGCAUACAAUGGGUCAACGACAAGACUGGAGACGACUCGUUCCAGGAUAUGAUAUCGACAGCCGCAAUAGAGGACAACAAGUGGAUACAAUGGCGACCCGACGUGUUCCAGGACAUCUUCAAGCGGCGAGUCUACCGCCAACUUCCGCCCAAGGCCGAAGCGCUUUCUCUACUAAAAGACUACUUUGAAAAUUUCAACUGCAUGUUUCCCCUGUUCCACGAGCCCACAUUCAUGCACUUGGUCGACAAGCACUAUUCGAAAGACCCGUACGAGGGUUCAGGGUGGUGGGCUAGCUUGAACGUCGCAUUGGCCUUUGCGCAUCGCCUGAGGGUCAUGAGCAAUCUGGUACCGCAAGAGGAAGAUGAGAAGGCAUGGCAGUAUCUUAAGAACGCUAUGAGCGUACAAGUGGAACUGACGAUGCGCAACACUGACCUUCUUAGUGUCCAAGCACUGCUCGGGAUUGGUCUAUUUCUGCUUGGCACGCCCAAUCCCCAACCAACAUAUUUCUUCGUAGCAGCUGCUAUCCGACUAUCGCAUAGUAUUGGGCUGCACAAGAAGGGGUCAGCCUUCAACUUGAAUACGUCCGAAGUCGAGCAACGAAAGCGAGUGUUCUGGAUAGCUUAUAUGUUGGACAGGGACAUAUGCCUACGAUCUGGUCGACCACCAAUCCAAGAUGACGAUGACAUGAAUGUUGAGCUUCCCAGCGAAGACCCUCCAGAUAAUAUCGGCAACAUUCCACUAGCCGAUGGCAAAGGCAAGAUGAAUCUGUUCCGCCUGAUGUGCACCUUCUCCAUCAUUCAGAGUCACGUAUACAAGCGAUUAUACUCAGUGAAAGCUACAAAACAGACCGAUGGAGAACUUCUCAACACUAUUGGCGAACUCGACAAAGAGCUAGAGACAUGGAAAGAUGAGAUACCGCUUGAAUACAGGCCGGAGCACGACAUCAAAGCUUCGCAUACGCCCCUCAUACUCCACGUUGCUGUGCUUCAUCUGGGUUACUACAACUGUCUGACCACCAUCCAUCGUAUGAGUGUCCAUCACGGCUACUGGACAAGUCGUCUCUCCAAUUUCGCUAUCCAAGGCCUUAAUGCUCGGCCACUAAACCCUCGUGUCUUUAUGUCGGCCCAGCUCUGCGUACAGGCGGCACGAGCAUCAAUACAUCUCCUCAAAUACAUCCCCAAAGGUGACCAGUCCUGUGUCUGGCUCAUUAUCUACUUCCCUGUCACGGCGCUCGUCACUCUCUUCGCAAAUAUCUUGCAGAAUCCUCAAGAUACGCGCUCAAGAUCGGAUCUCAAGCUCAUGAAGCUUGUUGUCAGCUUCCUCAGCUUACUCAAGAACGAGCAAGGCAACGGAAGCGUGAAGCGCAUGCUGAGUGUGUGUACCGAGUUCGAGCGCAUAGCCGCGAUCGUGCUCGACAAAGCGGACCGCGAGCAUGCAUCAAGACGAAAGCGCAAACAAGGCGACAGUGAACAGGAUGCCGAGAUCGCUGCCACCGAACGCGAACUACUUUCCACCAGCCGUAACGGACCGCAAUCACCGCCCCAGAACCCAAGCCCGCAGCCAAACCCACAGCAGGAUCAAACCAUGAUAUUCAACCCGGAUUUCCACGGCUUUAGCGAGCCCUUCCCCUUCUCACCUAACUUCUCCCACGCUAACCUCCAACAACCCUCCCACCUUUCUGCCAACUUCUCCCCCUCCCUCGCCACCUCCAUGCUCCCGCAAACCUCGUCCCACCCCGCACACAUGCCCAUGACCUCCAUGGACGGCGUCAUGUCCAUGGGCACCACCUUCGACCAGACGUUCAACAAUGUGCCGCAGGACCUGUGGAAGAUGCCCAUGACGCUCGAGUGGGACUGGGCGGAUAUGACGGGCACGGGCGGCUUCACGGGCGGGUACGAAGAGGGGAUUAGCAUGAAUGGUGUGCUGCCUGAUUUUGGGGGUGAUAAUGGGGGUCAUGGGACGAGUGGAUUUAAUGGGAAUGCGAUGAAUGGGGGGCAGUGAGAGGGUAAUCAUGAUUGAGGGUAAUGGAAAGGCGUUUGGCAGGGAUCGAAUGCCUUGCUGUGUAAUCGUCAAUGUAUAUUGCAAAGGUUAGGUUGUUGGGGGAACAAGGGAAGGCCGAGGCACGGUGCAGGCAUAUGUGUAUUUGUUCACGACGUUACGUUUGGGUAAGAAGGUACUUUGCUCUGUUAGUUUUGAUGGAGCUGUAUGAAUACUGAAGUCUUUUAUCGCUUGGUCUUCGUUCAUCUUGUCCAGAGGCGUCUCUGUUGUAGUUGAACGGUGCAGGUAUGGCUCGUACAAUCUGAGAGUAGUUGGUCGUACGAACUGGUAGUCUGCUGCUCGAGUUGGUGCUGAUCUGAUCUUUAGGCCGGAGGAAGGGUUGACCGUGUGUUCUUUUUUGAGUGGGCGUUUGAUUCCCCAUGCUGUCUCUUUUGGGACUUCUGUCCUGCUUUUGGUAAGAGGUGAAAG